AUGCUCCACAUGAGUGGCUUGCUCUCUCUAUUUACUUUAAUUGUUUUGAAUUGAAUUGUGUAAAUUUGAUAAAGAAAUCAGGUGAAAAAUGUCAAAACCAAUUACCUUUGUGACUGGCAACGCCAAGAAACUGGAGGAGCUGCUGGCUAUCUUGGGUCCUAGUUUUCCACGGCCAAUUGUGUCCCAGAAGAUCGACCUGCCCGAGCUGCAAGGGGACAUUGAUGAGAUUGCCAUCAAGAAAUGCAAGGAGGCAGCGCGCCAGGUAAACGGUCCCGUGCUUGUGGAGGACACCAGCUUGUGUUUCAACUCUCUAGAAGGGUUGCCGGGUCCGUAUAUUAAGUGGUUCCUAGAAAAACUACAGCCUGAGGGCUUACAUCGCCUGCUCCACGGCUGGGAGGACAAGUCCGCCCAGGCUAUCUGCACCUUUGGCUAUUGCGAGGGCAUUGGCGCUGAGCCUUUGAUUUUCAAGGGCAUCACCGACGGUGUCAUCGUUGAGCCGCGCGGUCCCCGGGACUUUGGUUGGGAUCCCGUGUUCCAACCAAAGGGCUACGACAAGACCUACGCUGAACUGCCCAAGGCCGAGAAGAAUACCAUAUCGCAUCGGUACCGCGCCCUGGCCCUGCUGCAGCAGCAUUUCGAGAAGCAGGACAAGCAAAUAAACUAGGACUCUAUUUAUUUAAACUUGCAUAUUUUUGUUCUACAAUGUCGAGAAAUAUUUGCAACCUAAGUUUUUUUCGUUUCGAGUUCAA